CUUUCCAGAGGAAGAAGGGGAUUUAAAAGGACAGUAGGAUGUAGCCAGCUGCCAAGCAGAAACACCAAGCCUCAGUCGCCAGCAAACAAGAUGAAACUCCUCCUGGGCUGGGAAAGGCGAGCGGCGAGCAAAGCAGAGGAAGUAUAAUAUUUGCACACAUCUCAUUAGUUGGAUUCUCAUCCUCGCGACUUAGCAAGAGUGAGAUCGGGAGCGUCCCUGGCAAAUAAUGAGCAGGAGGCCUUCGCAAAGAAAGGCUAGCGCAAAGACCUCCAGUGACGGUGCUGUGUGUUCUUCUUCAAUCGCUACCCCCACCACCCCUGGACGACAAGAUGAGCAGGUUAUGACACCAUGAGGAGCUACCAUGGCGAGCGCAGCCAGUCACGCGAACACCCUUGCCGCUGCGUCCCGGAGGCCUGUGACCAGCCGAUGGAAUACAUCCACCAUAGCCAGGAAUCACGCCAGCCAUACCUCCUUAGCCCCAGCGAGCCUUGUUCCUUGGACCACUACUGCCCAUCCCGGAGUUCUGCCGAGGCCCCCCUCAGCCUAACGGAGCCCCCCUCAGCCGCCAGCAGCAGCAGCAGCACCUUCCCUAGGAUGCACCACGCCCCCCAGCCGUACGACUCCUGUGACGAGUGCAUGGCGGCCGCUCAUCCAUCCAGCAAGAUCAACCGUCUGCCCCCGACUCUCCUCGACCAAUUUGAGAAGCAGCAGCUGCCCCUGCACCACGACGGCUUCCACACCUUGCAGUACCAACGUGCCAGCAGCACGGAGCAGCCCCGCAGUGAGAGUCCGAGCCGCAUCCGACAUCUUGUCCAUUCGGUCCAGAAGCUCUUUGCCAAGUCCCACUCCUUGGAAGCCCCCUCCAAGCGGGAGUUCAACGGCACCAAGAUGGAAGGCCGGGGCGGUGAGUCUGGGUUCCACCACCCCCAUCAUUCACACCACCACCAUCGCCAGUCGCGCCAUGGCAAACGCAGCAAAAGCAAAGACCGCAAGCUGGAUUCCUCCUCCUCUCGCCACCGGAACAAGAUGAUGGGUUGGUGGAGCUCAGAUGAUAACUUGGACAGUGACAGCAGCUACAUGGUGUCCGGAAGGCAACAUGCCGUGGACCAGGCCACCCAGUUCUGCGUUGAUGCUCCCGAAAGUGCCUUCAGAGACUUGACCCUGAAGAGUUUGAAGAGCGGAGGGGGAGAAGGAAAAUGUUUGGCCUGCGCUGGGAUGUCCAUGUCCCUGGAUGGCCAGACGCUCAAGCGGAGUUCCUGGCACACCAUGACGGUCAGCCAAGCACGGGAGGCCUACCCCAGCUCAGGAGGCGGCCCGGAGAAACCCUUGAUGCUCCAAGAGGCGAAAGCCAAGGAACGAUCCUAUCAUUAUCUUCAGGUGCCCCAAGAUGACUGGGGAGGGUACCCAGCUUCUGGGAAAGAUGGGGAAAUCCCAUGCCGGCGGAUGCGGAGCGGCAGCUACAUCAAGGCCAUGGGGGAUGAUGACAGCGGGGAUUCCGAUGCCAGCACCAAGGUGUCUUCUAAGGGGGUGACCCGGCGCGAUGGGUACCGCCGCUCCUCCAGUGUCGAUCAGGCCAGAACCAAGUUUGCAAGUAGACACUAUUCUGACUCAUAUAUCUGUAACUGUCCCAGCUGCUGCACGUCACCCCGAAUCCGGCCACGGGGACAAGGGUAUGGACGUUCCUUCACCACCGGGCAGAUUAAUGACGAGUUGAACCACCAGUUUGAGGCUGUGUGUGAGUCCGUGUUUGGAGAGGUGGAAUCCCAGGCUGUGGAGGCCCUGGACCUGCCAGGUUGCUUCCGCAUGCGUAGCCAUAGCUACCUGAGGGCCAUCCAGGCUGGCUGCUCCCAGGACGACGACUGCCUCUCUCUCUUCACCAUGGCCACCACCACCCACCAGCCCGGCCAUGGCCAGCCCCUCACCAGCAGCAUCCUCAAGCCAAGCACCUCCUUUUCUUACAGGAAAGCUCCGCCAGCCCUCCCUUCAGGAAUCAAAGCCAAGCCCCUCAUAGCCGUGACCACGCAAAGCAGUAGCGAGUCCACCCAUGACAGCUUCCUGCCCCGAGAGGUCAGCCGGAGCCCCUCCUCGUGGUCCAAAGAGGCCGCCAAGCGCUGCAACUCCACUGAGAGUUUGGAAAGCACCAAGAUCACUGCCAUGUCCCUGGAUUUGCCUUCCCUCCAAGCCAGGACUGCCCCCAAACCGUCCACCCUUAUCAUCCGGACGAUCCCCGGGAGGGAAGAGCUGCGGAGUCUGGCUCGCCAGAGGAAGUGGCGCCCCUCCAUUGGAGUUCAGGUGGAAACCAUCUCCGACUCCGACACAGAAAGUAGAAGCCACAGAGAGGUCCACUCCAUCGGGGUCCAAGUGGAAGAAGAUAAAAGGCGUUCUCGGUUCAAGCGGUCCAACAGCGUGACGGCUGGUGUGCAGGCUGACCUGGAGCUGGAAGGCCUGGCUGGGCUGGCUGUGGCCACCGAAGACAAGGCCCUGCAGUUUGGACGCUCCUUCCAGCGCCAUUCCUCGGAGCCCGAGUCCACACGGCAAUACUCGGUCUACAAGACGGUGCAUACGCAAGGCCAGUGGGCCUACAGAGAAGACUACCAGAUGCAGUACGACACCAUGGAAGUGCCCCGCCAGAAUUCCUGGAUGGAUCGGGGCUCGCGCAGCCUGCCAGAUUCUGGCCGAGCAUCACCUUGCCACCGGGACGGCGAGUGGUUCAUCAAGCUCCUGCAGGCAGAAGUCGAGAAGAUGGAAGGCUGGUGCCAGCAGAUGGAAUUGGAGGCUGAAGAUUAUGACUUACCAGAAGAAAUCCUUGAGAAGAUCCGAAGUGCAGUGGGCAGUGCCCAGCUCUUGAUGAACCAGAAAUUCCAACAGUUCUACCGCCUCUGUCAGCAGAAUAUGGACCCCAACGCUUUCCCCAUGCCCACUUUCCAGGACCUGGCUGGAUUUUGGGACCUCCUCCAGCUCUCCAUUGAGGAUGUUAGCAUUAAGUUCGCCGAACUUCACCAGCUCAAAGCCAACGGGUGGAAACCCAUCGAGCCCAAGGAGGAAAAGAAGGUGCCUCCGCCAAUACCAAAGAAGCCACCACGCUCCCGGUUGCACCCAGUGAAGGACCGAUCCCUGGACUCCGUCGACCGGCAAAGGCAGGAGGCCCGCAAGAGGCUCUUGGCGGCCAAGCGUGCCGCCUCAUUCCGCCAGAGCUCGGCCACCGAGAGUGCGGACAGCAUUGAGAUCUACAUCCCGGAAGCCCAGACCAGACUGUGAAGGGGCGAGGGGAAGCGGCUUUUCUAACCAGUCCCCAAACAGACCGAACACACAGCACACGCUGAGAUCCGUGGCCUGUGUGUUCCAGCACCUCUCCGGGAAGGGUGACACUAAGCCUUGCCGCAGUCUCUUCAGCAAGAAAAAUAAUCAAAAUAAUCUUCUUUUUUAAAGGAAACGAAACAAACCCCUCUUGCAAUCCAUGGACCUGAUGCCAGACAGACAUGACAAAACAACAUUCUGGUUCCCUCACGUAUCACUUUUAGCAGGAUUCGGAGGUGACGGGCCUUUGCCAAAUCACUCCCUUCUGGUCCAGCCAGCCAGCCCGUCCUCCUCGUCCUUCUCUUCCCUUCCUCUGACUCUCUUCUUAUAACCUUUGGUCCCAGCUCGGUUGGUGAGCAUUCUCCCCUCUCCCCAGCUCCUCUCCCCUUGACCCAAGCCUUUUUCCAUGAGCUUUUCUCACUGUCCUGCAGGCUCGGGGCCCUUCCAUCGACAGCUCCCCCCGCCCCAUGCAUCCAUGGGUUCUAGGCCCAUCAGUAUUUAUAUAUAAAUAUAUUGUGUAUAUGUACUUCUAUAAAUAUAACCGAAAAAAAGGGCAGACACUGCCCAAGACCA